UCCCAGGAAUUCUGGCAGUCCUGGGAGCUGUGACAUUCCCAGGAAUUCUGACAGCCCCAGGAAUUCUGGCAGCCCCAGGAUCUGUGGCAGCCCCCGGAGCUGCAGCAGCCCCCAGAGCCAGGCAGGAGAUCCCAGAGGGAGCCCUGGAGAGGAGCCCUUCCCCCCUGAGGAUCUGGAAGCAGGCAGCACUGCCAGCCCUGCCCCUUUCCCAGACCAGGAAUGUCCCCUGUGGGAGCCCUGGGACGUGUGUGAGCACAGCCCUGAGGGAUCCCAGGCGUUCCCUGAUCCCGACUGUGCCGAGGUGGCACAGGGAGAAAUUCCUUCUCCCAUUCCAGCAUCCCCAUGGCAUGAGCACAGGGAUCCCUCUGGAGAAAACCUGGAGCUCAGUGAUGCUGAGGAGAUCUCAGAUGUGCUCCCACACCAAGACACACCCCAGGCCCUCGAGGAUCCCUUGGAGAAUUCCCUGGGUGACUCAGAGCAGGAAUAUUUGGAGGGGAAUUCUCGCUCCUCGUUCCCCAGGAGCUGCUGCAGCGUGAGAUCCAUGGAUGCUGCAGGAGCAAGGACUAACCAGGACAGCUCCUCCAGGAGCUCCCUGCACUCACAGGAGCAGGACUGGGGCUGGGACAUGCCCAGGGAUUCCAGGAGCUUUGUGGUCACCAGGCAGUGCCAGGAGAGGAUGGAAAAUUUCCAGCACCCCCAGAGACGCUGCCAGCGUGCCCGGGCCUCUCACCUGGUGCAGUCCCUGAUGGAGACCUGGAGGAGCUUUGAGGAGCUCACCCAGAACACUUUGGACAUGGAGUGCCUGCGCUUCCAUUAUAAGCUAAAAGAAAUCCUGAGGGAGGGCAAACCUCCCUUUUCUACCUCCAGGAGCAUCUUCCCCCCAUCCCCAUCCCCCCCUGGCACCACCCUCCCGCUGUCCCUGCGCAGCAGGAGCCCCUUGCAGGUGACAAUUCCCCCCUCAGACACGUGGCCAGGAGGGCUCCAGCCCCACAGGGCCAGCAGGAGGGGCAGAUCCCGGGCCAGGAGCCGGGAUUCCAGGGCUCCCUUCCACCUGGGCAAGCUGCGGCACGAGCGCGCCGUGCCCGAGCCGCGCGGGGACCUGGCCGGCAUCCUGGACGAGUAUUCCCACUUCCAGAGGGUGGUGCUGGGCAGGGCUGAGGCCAGGAGGGAUCCCCCAGUGCUGGGAGAAGCUGGGACAGGCCAGGCUGGGACAGGCCAGCCCAGCAGGACGGUGCCAGUGCUGGGGAUGGUGGCGGCCCUGCGCUCCCAGCUGCGCCGCGUGGCCGCCGGAGCGCGGCCCGGAAUGUUCUACCUGCUGGAGACUGGCAAGGAGCCUUUCUUCGACAGGGUGAAGGCCCUGCUGAAGGCCCAGGGCUUUGUGAGGACAGAGCCCCUGAGUUUCUGCGGGGGACAGCGCCGGGAGGGCGAGCGGCUGCUGGUGAUCGUCAGGAACGAGGACAUCUCCUGCCACAUCCACUCUGUGCCGUGCCUGCUGCAGCUGAAGCUGUGUCCCAGUGUGGUGUUUGCUGGUGUGGAUGAUGCCCAGGAUGUGACAGGGGACACCUUCCAGGAGCUCUUCCAGGCCGGAGGCUUCGUGGUGUCGGACGAGGAGCUGCUGGACAGGGUGACCCUGGGCCAGCUGCAGGAGGUGGUGAAGGUGCUGGAGAAGCUGAACAGGAAUGGGAGGUGGAGGUGGCUCCUGCACCACAGGGAGAGCAAGAAGCUCAGAGGAGACCUCAGCAGGGCUGAUGCCAAUGCCCAGAGGAAGCAGCUGCUGCUCAGGUGGUGCCAGGGGGAGGAGCUGCUGGAGCUGCUGCCCUUCCACAGCUGCGAUUCCGGCGCGGCGCCCGAGCCGCGGCGCCUGCAGUGCCUGCAGCAGCUGCAGCUGCAGCACAUCCACGCCAGGUUCGCCGUGUACCUCACAGAGAACCCUGGCAGCAGCAGGGAGAUCCUGGAAAGCAAAGGAAUCCUUGUGGCUGACAUCAACACCUUCCUGGGCACGCUGCAGAAGGUGGCUGCUCCCUUUAGAAGGAGAUACUGGUGACAAAGCGAGGACACGAGGGGACGGCUCCUCCCCAGGCCCUGGGGCACCGGUUCAGCAUCGCAGCCCUGUGGGGCACAGCCCACCAGGGAUCCCAGGGGAUCACACCAGUGAUCCCAGUGAAUCCCACCAGUGAUCCCAGUGAAUCCCAGCAUUG